AUGGGCAAUGCGCACACCAAAGAGGCCCGGGAUGGGCCGCGCCCGGGGCGUUACGACUCGGCGUCUUUGGCGGCGGGCCAGCACGGAGAGUCGAGUGAGCGAUCGGGGAGGCGGUCGAGCCGACGCGAGCUAUCGGCCUUGGAGCUGCUGACCGGGUCUGGAUCGAACUCCCGGACCCCGCAAGCCGACGCCCCCUUUGAACGGAGAGAGACGAAGCAAGAGCGGGAGGCCAGGCGAUUGGAGAGGGAGCGGGUGGCGCGGAUCAAGGAACGGGAAAGGAGCAUGAAGGAGGAACAUGUCGACGGUGGGUUCUUGGUGACUGUCGGCGUCUACACGGCCUCGGAAGAUUUUAGCAAGCCCAUCGUACGGCAAUUACAAAUUGAGAGGAGGAUAGCUCCUUUCUGGCGUGGACUGGACGACUUCAAAGACGACUGGGCGGAGCACCAGAUCAUAGCCGCCGCCCGUGGUCUCGACAUUCCUCCGGCCGACGAAGUGCCCGAAAACCUGGUUCCACAACCACGACCUGCCGAAUCGCCGAGCACAUCCCUCCAGAACCUCAGCAGCCUGACGGUGCCCAUGGGGCCGAGAACGCUGUCAGCCGCGUCUGACAAGGCAGGCCCAGGCUCGAAUCCCGCCUCGUCUCUGCCCUCGCCCACUUCGCCCACCCCGUCAAGGAUGUCAAAACCUCACAAGGCCAUUGCAGCAGCCCUUAGUAUUUCCUCGCGUAACGGCUCCCAACAGGACAUCGCUCCGCGGGAGGUCAACCUGGCGCACGACCCUUUUGUGAACGGUCAACCCCUCGAGGUGUUCCUGUACAAGGAUGGCGACGAGUGCCCCAUCUGCUGCCUAUAUUAUCCUCGCUAUCUGAACAAGACCCGCUGCUGUGACCAGUUUAUCUGCAGCGAAUGCUUUGUGCAGAUCAAGCGGCCAGAUCCUCACCUUCCCGAACAUCACGGCGACCAGUCGAACGAGUUGGAAAACCCCCAGAAUUCAGAAGAGCAGCAGGGGGAGCUGAUCAUGGAGGCCGCAUGCUGCCCGUACUGUACACAGACAGACUUCGGUAUCACCUAUGAGCCCCCGCCCUUUCGUCGCGGUCUCACCUAUUCCUACAACCCCCCGGGCCUUGGUUCUAUGGGCACCGCCAUGUCCUCGUCGUCGUCUCUUAGCUCUGGCCUGUCACCCACCUCGGCUACGACACCGGUCCCUAACAGCAAUCGCCGUCGCGCGACAAGUGUGUCAGCCAAUGACCCCAGCGUCAUCACCACGGACAGAAUCCGCCCAGACUGGGUGACCAAGCUCACUGCCGCUCGCGCCCAGCAGCGCCGCAGAGCCGCGGCGGCUGAUGCUCUGCAUCACGCUGCCUUCGUCAUGGGCAACAACAAUGACUCCUCCCGGUCUCUCUUCGGGCGCUCGAGCCGCUUCAGCCGCAGACAGACCGGAGCCACCGGCAGCGAAAGCCCUGGCUCCACGUCGAACUUGGGCACAGGCAACCAGGCACCAGAUUCACCCGUGGGAGGACCCGAGCUUGGCAACCGAAGCUCGUCUGCCCGCACAGGGCCCAGCAGAGAACGCAUUGAUGCCGCCCACCUCGAAAGUAUGAUGAUGGCGGAGGCAAUAAGGCUAUCCUUGGCUGACGAAGAGGAACGGAGGAAGAAGGCCGAAAAGGAGGCCAAAAAGGAAGCCAAGAAGAAGGAGAAGGAGGAACGAAAGGCAAACAAACGCAAGAGCGCCGUAUACGGCCACUCAGACGGCGGAAGCUCGGCCAGCGCCAGUACCCUUAGCCUGGGCCUGGGUCGGAGACGAGGCAAUAGUGCUGCUGGUAGCCAAAGUCUGCGCGUUGAAGCCAGUGUAGCUGCUGCAAAUGCGACCGCCAACCAGGGAGGCGAGGCCCCCUCCUCUACCUCUGGCGCGGCAGGUUCAAUAACUGGGGGCACGCAGGACAAAGGGAAGGGCGUCGACCGCGGUGAUGGCUCUGCCCUGCCGAUCCCCAUUUCUCAGCCCUCCCGAGGGUCGUCUCAUCUACGCCAGAUUAGCAAUGCAAGCUCCAUUUCCUCCAGUGGAAUUGACAGCAUGCCUGCUAGCUAUAGCCGAGGCGGUCUUGACCCCGAGGAUCCCAGAACGAGUGGACUUAGUCUCGGAGGCGGGAAAAGCGACGACGAAGGCGCCGGCAACGAGCCCAUGUUCAACUUCAACAGCUUGGCGCAGAUGGUUGGUGUUCCUAUCGAUGGCCAGGCGGCAGCUGGCGACAAGUCGCCGAAGCCCGGGGACUCCAAAGAUGCGGAUUCCGACAAAGCUUCCGAAGAGCACCACGAACAUGUCGAACACGUGAUGCCGACCGAGAUAAAUACAUCUGAUCAUGCCCCAUCCAUAUCUCUUCCCACGGACGAGAAGAAGGAAUCGAGCACGACCUUGGACAUAUCCUCACCCGACAUCGAUUCCAAACCUGCGAACCACCUGACACUUGAUACCAGCGCCGGUAGUUCCAUAUCUGAGGCGAAGAAGAUCUUGCCUGGCACAACAGCACAACCUCCCAGUGUUACGGUGACCCCCGAAACCCCGGCCCCGCUUUCGGACGGAGAAGAAGAUUCUAAGCAGCUUGGCCACUCCGCCCGCGUUGAACGGCCGAGCGAAGUCACUCAAUGA